AUGCCCAAAAGAUCAAGAUCUCAACUUUCCAGAAAUAGUUCCCAGGCGAGGGCAUUAAAAAUACGUCGUAAAGGAGAGUCUUCAUCAGAAACUGAAAAUCAUCUUGCAAAUCAGAAAGAAUACGCGUCGCAAUCGCGUACCAGAGAGUUGAGUAUCGAGCAUUCGCAGCGGCUUGCUGAACAAAAUUUGAGAACCUCUCAAGUACGCGCUCGAGAGUCGAGUUCGAGUGUCGAGCAUUCUCAGCGGCUUGAGGAACAAAAUGUGAGAACCUCACAAGUACGCGCGCGAGAAUCGAGUGUCGAGCGUUUUCAGCGGCUUCUUGAACAAAAUUUGAGAACCUCUCAAAUACGCGCGCGAGAGUCGAGUGUCGAGCGUUCGCAGCGUCUUUGA